AUGCGCCUCCUGCUGCACGCCGCUCUGGCCUCAGCAAAAGUUGAGACGCUCCACCCACCAGGCCAAGCCGCCGCCUUUUUCGAAGCGCCCGCCGGCCCCGAGCCGUCUGUCGAGAAACUGUCGCCAAGCAGCCUCGCGAAAGCCCGAGGGUCACUCGUGCAGCUCCGGCACCGCGGCGUCGUAUUCGGGCUAUUUCUACCGACCGCGCAGCGCGAAGGCGAAGCCUCGCCCGUCCUCGUGUUUCUGCACGGCCGCGGGGAGAGCGGCGGCUUUGCCGUCGCCAACGCACAGUCGCUCCCGUGGCUGCUGUCGAGAGGCCACAACGCGUCCUUCACCGCGUCCUUCCCCUUCAUCGUCGUCGCGCCGCAGUGCCCACAGGAGUGCGCGAGCGAGAAUGGAUGGCGGUCCGACGUGCUCCGCGGCGUGGCUGAGCUCGUGACCACGGACCUGCGUGGGGACCCAACGCGCGUCUACCUGACCGGCCAGUCGAUGGGCGGGCACGGCGCGUGGACGUUUGCAGCGCAGCAGCCGCGCUUCUUUGCCGCGGUCGCCGUCGUGUGCGGCUACGCACAAGGGAGCGAGCAGGAGGAGGAGAUCGCGAGGCGCCUCGCGCGCGGCCACUCCUCCACGGCGGUGUGCGUCUACCACUCGGUGCCUGCGCCGCGGCAGUGGCUCGCCGCCGCGGACGGCAUGGUCAAGGCCUUGGCCGCCGCCGCCGCGCAAGGCAGCGAGGUGCGGUACGUGCGCUACCAGCAUGCGCCGGGUCCUCCCAUCUCCGAGUACAGCGCGCUCGUCGGCCACGGCUCGUACGAGAUUGCGUAUCGCGACGCCGCGCUGUACGAGUGGCUGCUGCGGCACCAGUGCGACAAGUGCGGCCGGCCGCUCGCCCGCUGGCACGAGCUGCCCCCGCCGCCGUUCACGUUUGGCUGA